AUGCCCGAAAAUACGACACAUCCGACUCAAAAGCCCGAAAAGCUGCUGGAGCGGGUUAUCAAGGCUUCCUGCCCCGUUGGUGGAAAUGUACUUGAUGUGUUUGCUGGUUCUGGAAGCACGCUUGUCGCCGCGAAAAAACUAGGGCGUUUCAAGGAAAAAGGCGGCAACACAUCAGAGACGGACGCAGAGCCACGACCAAUCGUGGUUUAA